UUCUGACCAUCCGGCAGCGCUGUCGCUUUUUUGCGAAACCGAGUGUGUACACACUCUUUCAGGAUUGUGCAUAAAAAUAAACAAAUCUUUUAUCAAUUGUUUCUUACCUGCUUAAAACAAUUUAAACGCAUGGCGAACAGCUACGACAUACCCAGUUGGGCUGGAAAGCCGCCGACGGGUCUCCACUUGGAUGUGCUCAAGGAUGACAAACUGGUCCAAAAACUGAUGGUCGAUGAUAAAAAGUGCUACUUAUUUGGCCGAAACAGUCAAAUGAAUGACUUUUGCAUAGACCACGCCUCCUGCUCCCGCGUGCACGCAGCCUUUGUGUACCACAAGCAUCUCAACAUAACAUACCUCGUGGAUUUGGGUUCCACACAUGGCACGUUCAUUGGCACCCUUAGACUGGAGGCGCACAAGCCCACACAGCUGCAGAUUAAUAGCCAAUUUCAUUUUGGGGCCUCGACAAGGAAUUACAUUCUGCGCGAGCGACCGUCUGCCGGCCAGCACACCAACAUCAUGGAGGAUCUGCCCAUCAGCGAGACCGGCGAUGGCGCCCUGCUGGGCCUGCCCGAAAGCCAAACGGAAUUGGAUAAUCUCACUGAGUAUAAUACGGCCCACAAUCGGCGUAUUUCCAUGCUGGGCAUUGACGAUGACACCAACAUGCGCAAGCAGAACGCCUUGAAGCAGGGACGGCGGAGUCGCAAUGUCACGUUCAAUGACGAGGAGAUUGUCAUCAAUCCAGAGGAUGUGGACCCAAAUGUGGGACGCUUCCGUAACCUCGUGCAGACCACAGUGGUGCCGGCAAAGCGUUCUCGUUACGAUCUCAACCACAUGGGCAUCCACUCAGGACACAGCAGCCUGGCGGCAGCCAAUGCGGCCAGUGUGCAGCAAAUGUUCCAGCAGAGUCUGGCCGAGAGUAAACAUCUGCAGCAUCGAGAGAUGUCGGCAUUGCAGGCGUCUCCGCAGUCACCCAGCAACUCGCUAUACCAGGGCCUACCAGAGGUGCACGGCAAGAGUGAUCUGGAGCCCAUUUCACCGCUGAGCAUUGGCUCCAAGCUGGGCCUGCUGCUGCCCAAUCCCGCGCCCGAGGUGAUGCCCGUGUUCGAAGAGGAAGUGGAGCCCACAUCCACGCUGGCACAAAAGUUGGCCGUUGCCAAUGCAGGAGUGCGACGCCAUGCGGAGGAUCCACACGACUCGAGUGGCGAGGGCGAUGGUCUGGGACCCCAGAAGAAGAAAUACGCCAAGGAGGCUUGGCCCGGACGCAAGCCAAUGCUGGGCCAGUUGUAAUUGAAAUCGAGUUUCUACCUCUGACAAUUAAAGAGUCUUUCCAAGCAUCG